CCCAGGUGAGUUAUGCCUCCACGGCUCCUGAGCUGAGCGACAACACCCGUUAUGACUUCUUCUCCCGCGUCGUACCGCCAGACACCUAUCAAGCACAGGCUAUGGUGGAUAUAGUCAGGGCCAUGCGCUGGAAUUAUGUCUCCACAGUGGCAUCGGAGGGGAAUUACGGAGAGAGCGGCGUGGACGCAUUCACCCAGAAAUCUCGGGAAGAGGGAAGUGUGUGUAUCUCACAGUCUGUAAAAAUCCCCCGUGAGCCGAAACCAGGGGAGUUUGAUAAGAUAAUUCAGAGACUGGGAGAAAAUCCGAAUGCGAGGGUUGUUAUUAUAUUUGCAAAUGAGGACGAUAUAAGGCGGCUACUGCAGGCGGCAAAAAAAGCCAAUCAGACGGGUCACUUCCUGUGGGUGGGGUCAGAUAGCUGGGGCUCGAAGAUAUCGCCAGUGCUUCACCAGGAGGAAAUGGCCGAGGGAGCUGUCACCAUCCUACCCAAACGACAGAACAUCAGAGGCUUUGAUCGCUACUUCACCAGCCGCACACUCGAGAACAACCGGAGGAAUAUCUGGUUUGCGGAGUUCUGGGAGAACAAUUUCAACUGCAAGCUCAGCCGCCAUGCCUUGAAGAAGGGAUCCGGCAUUAAGAAAUGCACAAAUCAAGAGAGGAUCGGAAAAGACUCGUCCUACGAGCAAGAAGGAAAGGUGAUGUUCGUGAUUGAUGCAGUAUAUGCGAUGGCGCACGCCCUCCACAACAUGCACAAAGAACUCUGCCCUGGCAAAGUGGGACUCUGUUCCAAAAUGGACCCAGUUGACGGAACCCUCCUACUAAAGUACAUCCGCAACGUCAAGAUAGCAGGCAUUGCAGGCAGUCCGGUGCAGUUCAAUGAGAAUGGAGAUGCCCCAGGCCGUUACGAUAUCUACCAGUACCAGAUAAAGAACAAAACAGCUGAAUACAAGACCAUAGGCCACUGGACUGACCAACUUUACCUGAAUAUGCGGGCGUUGCAGUGGCCAGGUGGAGGGAAGCAGGUGCCGACUUCCAUUUGCAGUCAGCCCUGCAAACCCGGGUGGCGCAAGAAGAUCGUUAAGGGCAUUUCCUGCUGCUGGCACUGCGAGCGCUGCGAUGGUUACCAGUAUCAGUACGACCUUUACACCUGCAAGAUGUGCCGCUUUGAUUUAAGACCUAACAAAAAUCACACAGGCUGCCAGCCCAUUCCGAUUGUAAAGCUGGAGUGGAGCUCGCCCUGGGCAGUCAUACCGGUCCUCAUCGCUAUUCUCGGCAUCAUAGCCACUCUUUUUGUUGUGGUCACCUUCAUUCGCUACAACGACACUCCGAUCGUCAAAGCAUCCGGACGUGAGCUCAGUUACGUCCUGCUUACAGGAAUCUUUUUGUGUUACGCCACCACCUUCCUGAUGAUCUCGACCCCAGACGUGGGGAUCUGUUCGCUCAGGAGAAUUUUCCUGGGGCUCGGAAUGAGCAUCAGCUAUGCGGCGCUGCUCACCAAAACCAAUCGGAUUUAUCGGAUUUUCGAGCAGGGGAAAAUGACAGUGAGCGCGCCACGCUUUAUCAGUCCGGCGUCGCAGUUGGUAAUCACCUUCAGCUUGAUUUCCGUUCAGCUCCUAGUGUGCAUCUGGUUCGCAGUGGACCCUUCCCAAGCUCUCAUUGACUACGAGGACCAACGCACGGCAGAUCCCGAGAUGGCACGCGGGGUCCUAAAGUGCGACAUUUCGGACUUGUCCCUCAUCUGCCUCCUGGGAUACAGCAUGUUGCUGAUGGUGACGUGCACAGUUUACGCCAUUAAGACGCGAGGGGUGCCAGAGACCUUCAACGAGGCCAAGCCCAUAGGCUUCACCAUGUACACCACCUGCAUCAUUUGGCUUGCUUUCAUCCCCAUUUUCUUCGGGACGUCACAGUCGACGGAAAAGAUGUACAUACAAACGACCACGCUGACCAUCUCGGUGAGUCUGAGCGCGUCUGUGUCUCUGGGGAUGCUCUACAUGCCGAAGGUCUAUGUGGUGCUCUUCCACCCGGAGCAGAAUGUGGCCAAACGCAGCACUCGCAGCCUAAAAGCUGUGGUCACUGCCGCCACCAUGUCUAACAAGUUCAACCCCAAGGCCAGCCUGCGGCCCAACGGAGAAGCCAAGUCGGAGCUGUGCGAGAACCUGGAAACUCAGGGAUAUGUUGAUGAUAACUAAACAAUGAAGACAGGACUCAGCCCUAAACAAACG